AUGUCGGAUUCCGACACUUGCAACUGCCAUUUUCACUGGACCUUGCAGGAAAACGACGAGAACGGGUGGUGGCCGGAACGACUUACUUCUGACGAUGCGGACCAAGAUAAGUCACCGUUUGUCGAUGUAUGGAGCGGUGGCUGGUUGGAUGGAUGGAACGGCAGACCUGGUGGCAGACUGGACCGCCUACAGAACGGAUGGCGUGAUGGUGGCCAGGUUGACGGAAGGGUCGGUGGCAGACUGGACCGCCUACAGAACGGAUGGCGAGAUGGUGGCCAGGUUGACGGAAGGGUCAGUGGAUGGGACGGGACACCGAGUUCGAGUUUCCGCCGUACUCUGCCAAGGAUUUUAGUAUAUUUGGAAAAGUGCUGUCGGUGGUACAACGUACCCGACGGCGAAGAUGGAUAUUACACUGCGGCGGCACACGCCAUUCAUCAUGAUCAUCAUGGCUAUAUCAUCAACGGAAGCAGUGACAGCGUGAUGAGCUUUGUCGGAGUGCCAAUCAACUGCGGACAGACGGGACCUCGCCGCGUUGCACCGUCCUCCAGACGACAUCGCCCGCGAAUCGUUCACGGCACAGAAUUGUUUUGA